AGCACCUCUUGGAUCUUCCUACCCAUCUACAAGAUGCAGAUGACAUGGGCUCUCUAGCUGCUGCUGUGUGGAUGGCGCUGCCUCUGCUGUUGAAGGAAUCGCCAACUGAGAUUGUGCAUGUUGACCCUUUAGCUGCUGACCCUGCACACCCCUGCGUGGAAGUGUCUGGUGCUUUGUGGGCACCUUCCUCAAUCACAGUUAGGCUCGAGAGCUUUUCGGUGAAUGUUACAAACCUCAAUGCAGCUGUGGCACUUGCGCUGUCGCUGUAUUCGGUUCAUAACAUUCAUUACUCCCGGCGAUUGAGGAAAGUGUUCACAUUUCUUGAAAAUGUCCUUGGGCUGGCGCGAGGAUCCACGGCAUCACUCCUGGUAACCAAGCUAGAAAAUGAAAUCGGCUUUACGGCUACCAAAUAAACCUUCUCCACGUUCUGUGCUAAAUGGAAGACUGCUACGAAUGCUGUUGCCACAAAUAAACA